AUGUGCGAAUUUUUAAUAUAAUAAUAUCCCGAAUACUAAAAAGACCCUCAAAAAUAUAAAUUAUAAGUCCCUUUAAUAUCUUUAGAAAAUAGUCCAGAUUAAACCAUUGAAGAAUUAUAAAUAGAUGAAUAAAAUGAAAUAUUAAUAAUCGAAAUUUAACGUAAUAAAUAAAACUGGCUUUUCAAAAUAGAAAACGAAGAAGACUAAAAUGAAAUUUAAUGCAAUUUUUGUAGGCAUUAUAAAAUUUUAAAAUAUGAUUGUACAUGUAAAAAAGUCAAAUAUUGUUCUGAAACUUGCAAACUAAAAGACUUUUCUUAUCAUAUAAAAAUUUGUGAUAAUGAAGAUAGUCGAAAUAAUACAGAUGAUGAUAUAGAAGAAGUAGAAAGUCCUUUUUUACAUAAUGAUAAUAUUUUCUAGUUUAAAUAAAAUGCUGCUAAAGGAAUUUGCGGUUUAGUUAAUUUAGGAAAUACUUGUUUUAUGAAUAGUGCUUUAUAAUGCUUAAGUAAUACGAAAAUUCUUACUUAAUUUUUCUUUAAUAAAACAUAUAAAUAAGAAAUUAAUCAUACUAAUCCGUUGGGUACAUAAGGAAAAUUAGCUAAAAAAUAUUCACAAUUAUUAAAAGCUUUAUGGAUUAAAAAAAGCAAGAUUUUUAAUCCAAUAGGAAUAAAAUUAGUUAUAUCAGAUCUAUAAUACAUGUUUAGUGGAAAUUAAUAACAUGAUUCAUAAGAAUUUUUAUCUUUUAUUUUAGAUGGAUUACAUGAGGAUUUAAAUAGAGUUAAAAAUAAAGUUAAUACAUAUCCAAUUAAUUCAGAUGGUAGAAACGAUAAUAUAGUAUCGUUUGAAUUCUGGUUAAAUCAUAUAAAAAGAAAUUAGAGUAUUAUUGUAGAUUUGAUGUAAGGCUAAUUUAAAUCUAAAGUCACAUGCCCUUAAUGUAUGUACGAGUCAGUCACAUUCGAUCCUUUUUUAUCUUGUUCUUUACCUAUUCCUUAUAAAAAUAUAAAGUUUAUAAGUAUACAUAUCCUUUUUGCAAAUAAUAGACAGUUUUCAUGUGAAGAUAAAUACUAUUAUGAUGCUUAAUAAAAUGAAAAAGUUGAAAAUUUAAUUGAUUUUAUAAGCAGAAAAUAUAAAUUAUUAAAAGAAAAUCUAUUAUUUUGUUGUUUAACUUUUUCUUAAUUAAAUAAAAUAUAUUCUUUAAAUAAACCUUUAUAAGAAAUAAGAAAAAUGUAAAAAUAUAUAAAUUAAAAAUCUGUUCUAAUUGAAUUUCCUUCUAAUAUAUCAUCUUUAAACAAUAUAAUUUUACCUUUAGAAUUUAAUAAAUAUAAAGACGAAAAUUUAUAUAUUGGUAGAAAUAUUAAAUAAUCUCUCACUUAUGUUCAUCCUUUUGUUGUUAAUUAAAACGAUAACCUUAAAUAAAUUCAUUUAUAGAUAUUUUAAUUCUUAAAGUCUUUAAUUUUAUAAACUAAUGAAUAAAAUAUAUCCUUGCAAAAACUUUACGAAAAAACUAUUUUAAAUUAAUAUGUUUGUAUAUAAAAAAUAAAUAUUAUUUUAUAUAUAUAAAAAAAAAGCUGGUGUGAUUAAGAAUAAUGUAAUAAUUGUGAAUUAAAAUAUGAUGAAAAUUAAACUAUUUAAUAAUUAUUAGAAAAGAAUAUUGAUAAAUCUCAUAUAUUUAAACUUGAAAUAUUUUUUAAUAGUGUUUGUGCUGAUAAAUUUAGUAAAAUUAAUAUAAUAAAAAAGCCUAAUUAAGAUUAAAUUGAAAACUAAAUAUAACAUGAAUAGGAAAAAAUAAAAUAAGAAACCGAAGUUAAUAUAUAUGAUUGUUUAAAAUUAUUUGAAUAACCUGAAAAGCUGUAAAAAAAUAAUGAAUGGUACUGCCAUAUGUGCCAAAAAUUCUAAAAAGCAACCAAAUAAAUGACUAUAUAUAGAGCUCCAGAUAUAUUAAUAUUCCAUUUAAAAAGAUUUAAAACAUCUGCUGGGACUAUAAAGAGUAAAAUAACAAAAUUAAUUGAUUUUCCAUUAAAAAAUUUAAAUAUGACUCCUUAUGUCAUAGAAAAAGAAUCUCCUUAUGUAAAUUAUUAAAACUAAUAAAGUUAAGAAUAAAAUUUAUUUUAAAAAUCUUCAUUUACUCUAUAUGAUUAAUAUGAUAAAGAAAAUCUUAUAUAUGAUUUAUAUGCAGUAACAAAUCAUUAUGGAAGCUUAGGGUUUGGACAUUAUACAGCUUAUGCUAAAAAUGAAGGAUUUUGGUAUAGAUUUGACGAUUCUAAUGUUGAAAAAAUAAAUAAUUCUAUUAUAUGUAGUGAAGAAUCAUAUAUAUUAUUUUAUGAAAGAUAGAAAAAAUGA